UUGGUUUAGGUAUCUGCUUCGUGUUGCUGUUGCCGCUGCUACAUAGUUGCUGCCGCUGCCACUGCCACAGCCACAGCCAUUUACCCUGUAAACUGCGCGGCCGUCUCGUGUUCAUUUUGCAUUGUGCCGUUCAGCGCAACGGACGUGGUUAGAGCGCGGUGGCCCAAAAACAGACCAAAAAAUCCAACCAAGGCAAAUAAACAAUCACACAAACGUACACGCAACAAACAAAACGCAGUCAAUACAAAUAACAGUAUAACGACGCAGUCAACUAAUUUUUUUGCAUUGAUGUCCGCACCCAAACGCACCGCUGUCAUACAACAAUAACAACUUGAUGCCAAAAAUGUGUAACUGUGACAUUUGCAAAAAAGUUACAAAAAAAAUAGUGCUGUAAUUUGCCAAAAAACAACAACAGAAAAAAACCAGAAGAAAGAAACCGCAAAAUUAGCGAAAAGUUUGCUAGUGCCGCCAGCAGAUGCAUAUUGGCGAGGGAGCGCGAGUGUAAAGCGGCCCCAAAAGCUAAGAGAGAAAUCAAACGUAAGGCAACCAGCUCCAAAUGCAAAGAGAGACAACGGGCCCCAAAGGCAAAAAGUAUAGUACGAGGCAGAGCAAGUGCGAAGAGUGUGGGCUACAACGAGACGAUGAGUGCAAGAGUGAAAGAGAGUGGGCAGGCAGGCAGGCUGUGCAAGUGCGUGCGCGGCGGCAAAAACAAAAUCAUGUCCACAGAUAAUCCCACACAUCUGCUGACCACGCGGGAUCUUGGCCAAUUGCGGGGCCAAUUACAGACGACAGCAGCGCCAGCGACGGCAACAAGUGGCGUACAUGGAUACCGCAACAUAAUUCCCCCACCUAUCAGCACCUCAGCAACAGCAACAGCACCAGUAGCAGUAGCAAUAGCAAUAGCAUCAACAGCAGCACCAGUAUCAACAGCAUCUUCCGUAGUAACAGAAGCAUCAUCAUCAUCAGCAUCAUCCGCCACCACGAGCAGCAACAGCAACAGCAACAGCGGCAGCAUCCAUCACGGAGGUGGCAACAUGCAGGCCACCAGCUCAAAAUAUGUCGUCAUUCAACCGAACCACAACGGCGGCUUCACGGCCUACGAUAGCAGUGCCACUGCAGCAACCGCGAUGUCCACGGGCGGAGGCGGUGGUGCCGGUGGCUCUGGAACGGGUGGAAAUAUUGUUCUUUUAGCCGCCGAGCCCCUGGAAAUGGGUUCGGCAGACGCAUUGGCCGCCGCUGCCGCUGCAGGAGCGGACGAUGGUGAGCUGCGCUCCUUGUCGUGGCUGAGCGACAGCAAUCUGAUCAAGGGGAUUGUCACGAGCAGCGGCUCCACAACGGCCGCAUCGCAGGCGAAACGGGCAGCGGCUGUGGCCCUCAAGGCUCCGGCGGGGGGAGUCUGCCUUGUCGGCGAUCUCAUUGAGGAGCUGCCGCCAAGCAGCAGCGAUAUUCCGGAGACGGGAGACCAGCAGGGGACGCCCGGGGGCGUUUACAGCACCACGACAGUGCACAAGGGACCCAGCGGCACCACCACAGUGGUGGAGUACAAGGCCACCAAGACGACGACGACGGCCACACGAACAAGCUACAUGCCUGUGGUGGUGACCAGCAGCAGCAACAGCAGCAUCACACCAUCAGCACAAGCCACCAUUUCGCCCGCCAAGCAGCAGCAGCCCCAACAGAUCUUUGUGACCAGCAAUGGGACGGGUGCAACAACAUACAAGACCUCUACCCCUACAUCCAUGGCCACGGUCUCUGUUUCGUCCGCCCCACCGUGCUCCCCGAAUAAUAAUAUCAACCACCACAACACCACCACCCACCAUCCGCACAAGAAAUAUCUGCGGGAGAAGAUGAACGUCCAUGUGGACCACAGCAGCCAUGUGGCCUCCACGGUGACGGUCGUCAGUUCGCCUGCAUCCUCCAACAAUUCAUCGCUCAGCUCCACCUCCGCUUCAACCUCCGCCCUGUCCAUGUCGGUCAAUGGAUCAUCGGCCGGCAUAAAUGGCGCUGGGAAUAGUCCAGGGCCCAAGGCCUCCAACAGCUUCACGACCGUUUACGAAACGGUAAAGUUCUCUGGAGCUGGGACAACGCCCUGCAGCAUCAGCAACCCCAGCCAAAGCAACAGACAGCACCUGCCCGAUCAGACGACGCUGAUUACCCCAACGGCAUUGAUCAGUACUUCGCCCAUGACGGGCUAUAGUUUUGUGCAUCAUCUCACCGGAACGCCGCAUGUCAUGGCUUCGACGGCACCAUCGGAGGCGACUCUGGGAGGAGGCGGCAGCAUCUACUACACCAAUGCCACGCCAAUGCAACAACAGCAGCACCUGCAACAGCAACAGCAGCAGCAGCAGCAGCGUGGCAUGCAUGUUUCUGUGUCGCCGCCACCGACGGCCGUCAAUGCAACAAUGGGGGGUCAUAAUGGAUCUAAUGGAGCAUUGAAUCUGCGAAGCCCCAAUAGCUACAGCAGCUACGACAAUGAGGAUUCUCUGAAGGAGUUCGACAUGACAUUGAACUCCAGGAUGCAUACCAGCACGCCCCAAUAUGUGGCAGCGGCAGCCAAGAGCAGCAGCUACAGCAACAACGCCAACAGUUCCUCAAACACCACCAACGGUGGAGGAGGCGGUGGCGGUGGUGCGGGUGGUGGUGGUGGUGCCGGUGCCGGCAACACACCGCAAAAGCAAAAGCAUCCCAACAAUGUGCCAUAUGAUCCACUAGUGCAUACAAACAACAAGCCGCCAUAUAGCUUUAGUUCACUCAUCUUUAUGGCCAUUGAGGGUUCGAACGAGAAGGCGCUGCCUGUAAAAGAGAUCUAUGCGUGGAUUGUCCAGCACUUUCCAUACUUCAAGACGGCCCCCAAUGGCUGGAAGAACAGUGUGCGGCACAAUCUGUCGCUGAACAAGAGUUUCGUCAAAGUGGAGAAAGCCCCCAAUAUGGGCAAGGGCUCGUUGUGGCGCGUAGAGCCGCAACAGCGUCAAAAUCUCAUUCAGGCCCUCAAUCGGUCAGGCCCAUUCUUCCCGAAUUCAGCGGUGGACAAGAUCAGUACGUCGCUGAAGAGUCCCAAUGGGCAAGGGGCGCCCCAAUCAUCCGGUGGAUAUGAUGGCCUUGAUGGAGCGCCUGCCUCCGGCGCCGCUGCCUCCGCCAAUGGAAUAGGAAUGGGCUGUGGCAACUCUGCGGCUCCAGUGACACUGGCCACACCCACAAAAAGCAAUGGCCUGGUGCUCGCCAAUGGUGGUGCUAGUCAAUCGGCCGCCAUGCCAAACAGUCCAUCAUCAAACGCUGGCGGAGGAGGGAGUGCCAGUCAUGCGCGAGUCGAUCCGAAGCUGUUUCCCUAUUUGUCCAAGGCCUUCCGCAAAAUCCGCGAAGAUGGUGGGCCGCCCACCCAGCAGCUGCUCCUCAGCGAUGUCCUCGAUGACGAUGCUUCCGGCGAAUAUGCUGGCAACCACAACCACAACAGCGGCAGUGGCAGUGGCAGUGGCAGGUACGUCUAUGUGGGAAACGGAGGGGCUACUGCUGGCCUCAAUGGAAGUGGAGAUGGCAUUAACUUUGAGCGACUGGCCCGCGAUUGCGGGGCUGACAGCAUGGACGAUGUGCAUGCUGCGGCGGCCAUGCUCUUCCUCAAACACGGACCAAAGGCCUUCACUGAGUCUUUUCAAAAUGGGGCCCCAGUGAUUACAAGUUCUCCCAGCGAGGAUCACACUUAUUCCGCGGGCGGCAAUAGCAAUGCGGACAGCGGCGCCUCCACCCCACUCACCAAUGGCAAUGUCCUGGCGGGGCAGACGCCGGCCCAGCUUCAGCUGCAGGCGCAGGCCAAUGCCGGCGGUGGAUCGGACAGCAAUUGCGCCAGCUCCGAUGCGGCCUACGACAGCAGCGAGGAGAACCACAACAUUACGCCCGAGGAGUUGGCCGAUCAGCAGCGACAUCGUGAUGGUGUCGACGCAUUGCUCUCGUUGUCGCGCUCAUCCAUCGUUGAGUGCGGGUCGGUGGCCACCACGCACUAUCACAGCAACGGAAGCAGCGGAAGCAGUCACGGCUCCCCGCACAAGCGCCCCUCCAGCCACAGUCUCGAGGAGGAGCACGAGCACCUCCUCCUGCAACAGUACCAGCCACUGUUGUCGUCCUCGCCACAGGCUGUCUACACGAAUGGCAGCGGCAGCAAGAUGGCACUCCUCAGCAGUGCCGCUGCCAAUGUGGCGUUGGCCCAACAGCAGCAACAGCAGCAGCAGCACCAUCAGAUCCAUCAAAUGCAGCAGCAGCAACAGCAUCAGCAUCAGCAUCAAAUACAGCAGCACCAACAGCAUACAGAGCUGUACGGCAGCGUGAGUGGCAGCUAUUUGGCCGGAUUGAAUCACUGCCUGCCCGCUGCAACGGGAGCUGGAGGACAGGCGGCCAUGUUGCCCCAACAUCUCACUGCUACGAUGGCAAAUGCUGCGGCCAAGAACAAGGUGAAGCCUCUGCGGGGCUUGCGUACAAAGAUCAAGCGGAAAUCUGCAUGGAUGCGGUGAAUGUGGCGCCAGGCCGGAGGCAGGCGGAGGACCGUCUCCUAGCCUCCACAGCCCCUCGCAUGUCCCCUCCAUGGCCACGUCUCCUGUGUUGUUGUCUCUUUCUAAUUGCAAAUUGUUCAAAUCAGAGCAUUUAGUCGUAAGAUUUAGUAGACUCCCUCGCCUGCUCGCCCUUUCUUCUCCUUUAUUUUGAUUGUGUGUGUUCCUCCUCUAAUCCUUGUGUUUGUUAUACAAAUUAAUGACUAUUUUUUGAUAGGUUUUUAGUUUAGUUUUUAAACGUCUUUUGGACUUGAUUCGGGUCCUCGAUUGUCGGCCAUUUCAUCAAUAUUUGACAAUUCUUUUGUACGAUUACACACACACACACACGUGUUGUACACAUCAUCUAUAUAAAAACAAAAAAAUCAUAAACUUUAAUGAAGUGUAAUUAAUUUAUAGCUUAAAUAAUUUUAAAUAUCUUUUGCUUCCCAACUUUGGUUGUUUCAUUAUUCUUUUUUUUUUAAUUUUUUGUUUAGUCUGUUAUCCUUUUUAAUUGUUCAAAAAUGUUUUUACAACAACAAGGAAAAAAAUGAAGAAAUCGAAAAAUGUUAAAUUGAAAAUCGAAAAUUCUUUGAGAAGAAUAUUAUUUUAAGAUUUUGCAUAGAAUGGUGGUGUAGAAUGUGGCUCCCAAGCACUUCUUUCAUUGUUUAGUUCAUAAUUUCCAGCGUAUCAGAGGGAGAGACAGGGUUUACAUAUAUCAAACGACAGACAGACAAAGGAAACAAUCACAAAAAUUCAUUUAAGUAGGAAAAACCUCAACAAAAGAAUGAAAUGAGGAAUAACAAAACAAAACAAAAAAAAAAAAUGGUAAAACAAAGAAACCAAAUAAUUAUUAAAUAAAAAAACAAAAAGCAAGAAAUUGUAACAAAAAGAAACAGUAAGAAAUUGUACAACAAAAGAGAAAGCGAAACAUUUCUAAAAAAAAACAAACAAAAAACGAAGGCAUAAUAUUUGGUAAAGGAAAGGAGAAGAAAAGAGAAGAAUAAAAGUGUACAAAAAAGAUAGCAUGAAAUUGUAAAAUGCAGAAGAAACAAAGCAUAAACAUUGUAAAACAAGGAACAAGGCAAAAACAAGAAACAAAAAUUUUAUACAAAGCAAAAAAUGAUGAAAUUUUUUUUUUUCGAAUUUGUUGUUUUCUGCUUUAAGCAAGGUGUUUUCGAUACAAAUAAGAAUCACACGCAAACACACACAUGCAUGUAAAACUACUUAUAUGAUCUAUAUAAAUAUAUAUAUAUACCGAAGAGAGAGAGAGAAAGCAAGAGAGAGAUAGUAGUAUAUAAGCAGGAAGCCCAGACACACUUAGCGCCUUAUGAAUCGAGUCCUUAGCAAAAGUUGAAUGAGAGAUGGUGAGAUCUGUUAAGAAUUGUUUGAACUGCUUUGUUAUACGGAUAUGCGAUCUAUAUAUAGAUAUAUACGAUAUACUGCUAGAACACACCCAACACGAUGACACUCAAGAAAAAAUGUUAAAUCAAAGAUAUUUAGAUAUAUGUAAGUUAAAGCCACAAAGCAAAUGCGAAACCCUAAUUAAGUAAGCCAUCCCCCUUCCCCCUCCCCUCUAAUGGUUACGUAGUUGAAAUGCUAAAAAAUUGUUAAUCAGACUGUAAGCAGACUUUAGUUGAAAUCAGGAACCCUGUGCCCCCUCCAGAGCCUAGAGCGGAAUGUGUAUAUACCCGAAAUGCCUCGAAAGAGCUGUUAAAACGAUGCUGCAAUCUAUAAAAAAAAAACAAAAUAAAAAAACAAAUCCUGUAUCUGUGGAAUAUAUAUAUAUAUAUAUGUAUAUAUCUAACGAACAGAGGAGGGACGAGAACUGGACAAAGAACGCCCCAAGUGUAUACACUUCAUGUACCUUUUUAGCAAAAAAAGCAAAGAACGCAUUAAAAAGUUAUAUAAUUAAACUAAAAACUAAAACUAAACUAAAUGUUGAUGUCAAAGAAACCAAUCUGCUAGUUGUUGCAACAAAAAGAAAAACACAAACAAAUGAAACAAAUGUUAAAAAUUUUUUUUUGUUUGCUCAAAAAUCUUAAUAUUACGAUUCAUUUAAUUAUUACUAUUAUUUUUUAGUUUAAUGCGAGAAUGGCUUUGAAGCGCAUGUGGGAUAGGGGAACGGUGUGUGUGGAGGAGGAAAAACAUCAAAAUAAUUAUAUAACUAAGCUUAAGGGCCCGGCCCCCCUCUCCGAGCCCAGCCACGCCACGAUCAUCCAUGCCCCGCGAAAGACAAUCGCCGCACGAAUUGUUGUCGUUUUUCGCUUAAGUCUAAACAAGUUGAAAGUUCUAUGUAGCGA